GGAGGAGGAGGAGGAGGAGGUGGCGGCGAGAAGAUGGCGACUUCGAACAAUCCGCGGAAAUUCAGCGAGAAGAUCGCGCUGCACAACCAGAAGCAGGCAGAGGAGACAGCGGCCUUCGAGGAGGUCAUGAAGGACCUGAGCCUGACGCGGGCCGCGCGGCUCCAGCUCCAGAAGUCUCAGUACCUGCAGCUGGGCCCAAGCCGGGGCCAGUACUACGGUGGGUCCCUGCCCAACGUGAACCAGAUCGGGAGUGGCACCGUGGAUCUGCCCUUCCAGCCCAGCGGAUAUCUGGGGGAGGCCCUGGCGGCGGCUCCUGUCUCUCUGACACCCUUCCAGUCCUCGGGCCUGGACACCAGCCGAACCACCCGGCACCACGGGCUGGUGGACAGAGUAUACCGAGAGCGUGGCCGGCUGGGCUCGCCACAUCGCCGGCCCUUGUCAGUGGACAAACACGGACGGCAGGCGGACAGCUGCCCGUACGGCACCGUGUACCUCUCGCCGCCCGCGGACACCAGCUGGAGAAGGACCAAUUCUGACUCUGCCCUGCACCAGAGCACAAUGACACCCACCCAACCAGAGCCCUUCACAGGCGGGUCCCAGGACACACACCAGAAAAGAGUCUUACUAUUAACAGUUCCAGGAAUGGAGGAGACCACGUCGGAGACAGAUAAGAAUCUUUCUAAACAAGCAUGGGACACCAAGAAGGCGGGGUCCAGGCCCAAGUCCUGCGAGGUCCCCGGGAUCAACAUCUUUCCAUCCGCUGACCAGGAAAACACUACAGCCCUGAUCCCUGCCACCCACAACACAGGGGGCUCCCUGCCCGACCUGACCAACAUACACUUCCCCUCCCCCCUCCCGACCCCGCUGGACCCUGAGGAGCCCACCUUCCCCGCGCUCAGCAGCUCCAGCAGCACCGGCAACCUCGCAGCCAACCUGACUCAUCUGGGCAUCGGCGGCGCCAGCCAGGGGAUGAGCACACCAGGCUCCUCACCGCAGCACCGCCCGGCUGGCGUCAGCCCGUUGUCCCUGAACACAGAGGCGAGGAGGCAGCAGGCCCAGCAGGUGUCAUCCACCCUCUCCCAGCUGUCACCCAUCACUCAGGCUGUGGCCAUGGAUGCCCUGUCUCUGGAGCAGCAGCUGCCCUACGCCUUCUUCACCCAAGCAGGCUCCCAGCAGCCGCCUCCGCCGCAGCCCCAGCCCCCUCCACCGCCGCCACCUGCGUCCCAACAGCAGCCACCCCCGCCACCCCCGCAGGUGCCCGUCGGCCUCCCCCCAGGCGGCCCCCUGAUGCCAAGUGCCAGCUUGACACGGGGGCCCCAGCUGCCCCCACUCGCAGUCACGGUACCGUCCUCUCUCCCCCAGUCCCCCCCAGAGAACCCAGGCCAGCCACCAAUGGGGAUCGACAUUACCUCGGCGCCGGCCCUGCAGCAGUACCGCGCUAGCGCCGGCUCCCCGGCCAACCAGUCUCCCACCUCGCCUGUCUCCAAUCAAGGCUUCUCCCCGGGGAGCUCCCCGCAACUCACUCACCAAGGAGGAAGCAGAGUUGGGUCUGGGCUGCGGAUGUGUUUCCUGAGGCCUGGUGCCGCGGGUGAGCACUCCUCCACCUUGGGCAGCGUGUUUGGGGACUCGUACUAUGAGCAGCAGAUGGCGGCCAGGCAGGCCAAUGCUCUGUCCCACCAGCUGGAGCAGUUCAACAUGAUGGAGAAUGCCAUCAGCUCCAGCAGCCUGUAUAGCCCGGGCUCGACGCUCAACUACUCGCAGGCGGCCAUGAUGGGCCUCACGGGCAGCCAUGGGAGCCUGCCAGACACGCAGCAGCUUGGCUACCCCAGCCACAGCAGCAUCCCCAACAUCAUCCUCACAGUGACAGGAGAGUCCCCUCCCAGCCUGUCUAAAGAACUGACCAGCACACUGGCUGGGGUCGGUGACGUCAGCUUCGACUCCGACAACCAGUUCCCCCUGGACGAACUCAAGAUUGACCCCCUGACCCUGGACGGACUGCACAUGCUCAACGACCCUGACAUGGUCCUGGCCGACCCGGCCACCGAGGACACCUUCCGGAUGGACCGUCUGUGAGCUGCACACCCGGCACGUCGCCGCCCAGCCCCGGCUCCAUCACCCCGCCGGUCAGUGGUCCCGACGGCGUCUCCCUGAGCCCAGGGACGGCCGCGCUCCGUCCUUCGCAAACGGCCGAGCUUGUGAUUCUGAGCUUGCAAUGCCGCCAAGCGCCCCCUGCCCACCCGCCCGUCCCCCCUCCCCAGCUGUCCACCUCCCUCCGGAGGCCGCGUGUCACCCCCGCGGACCCUCCCUGCGCGUGCUCUCUCGCCCCCCACCCUGGGCCAUGAGCCGUCCCCCUGUAAGAUGCGGAAAACGUGUUGGGCAGGGCCGCCGGCCUGGAGGGGGCGCUGUGGUCCACGGCGGCGGUGGGCUGAGGUGCAUUUUCCGACUGUUUGUCCAGCUCUCACUGCCUUCCUUCGUUCCUGGUCCCCCCAUCCCAACCCGCCCGCCACCCCCAGCCCGAGGUUAGGUAGCGAGCCAGCCCCACCCUGCCAAAGGGAGAAGGUGCCAGAGAGAGGGGCAGACACAAAGUGAAAUAAACACUAUUUUGACUGCUGUCUUUUA